UUGUAUAUACAAUACAACACAUUAAUUCUUUCUCAUUGUGCUCUCUCCAUACAACCCGUUGUGUGUACUAUAUUGUAAUGUUCUAAAUGUGUCGUGCAGUGUUGUAAGGUAACGGAGUACAAUUACGAAAUACGAAAACUUCUGUACUUCAGUAGGAAUUUCACGUAUCUUCCUCUUUACGUCGCUAUUUAAAUUUAUGUGAACUUUCACUUUUACUCCACUAAUUUCCUAGAUACAAUGUAUACUAUGCAUACUCUUACUCCGUUAUAUUUCCUUAAGCAUCUUCGUUACUCAUUACUAAAAACUAAAAUCACUGCUCCUAGACUAGACUGCAUUACACAAGUCCGCACGCACUACGGAGAAACACAGGCGUGCGCAGCGUGCACGCACUUUCAAAGCUGGAAAGAGUGCAAAGACAACCCAAACGCAAUGAAAUGUCACUAAUCUUGGUACCAGAAUUGUAGCACAAACAAAACAUAAAUGCAAACCAUCCAUGCAAUAUUACAUAAACCUAACAUUCAUUCAUUUGGUCUCCGUCUUCUGAUAUUUGAUGUCUUUAUGUAUGAUGUGGGAGGAACCGGGAAGUGCAAACACUUGCAGGGGGGGACCAACCCUGGAAGUGGACGUAAUAAAGACCCCAAACUGUGUGCGUGUGUGUGGUGUGUAUGUGUACGGGGUGUGUGUGAGUCACAAAUUAUCAACCAAGAUUAAAGCCUAAACAUGAGAAGAUCAAAUAAGUUCUUGACUUCGAGGGCAGUUGUCCGCCUCCCUCAUCAGGGCCAUUCCUCCCACGUCAGGCCACAGAUUCACUCUACACAGACUUUCGGAUAUAACAGGCGUCUGCUUACCGUAAUGUUAUGGCCGGCCUCUGUAACCCGUCUGAGAGAGCGGUCCUGAUUCCGGACGCAGAUCAUUCUAACCCUAACGAAGUCCCAUCUGGGGUGCCAUAACUAUGUCGGAAAUUUUUGGAGAGCCACCCUCCAAGUGGACAUAUGCCAGGGGUGCAUUACAGCCAAAUUACAGCUCGAAAUUCGGCACACUGUGAAGCGGCUGUGUUGCCUGCGACGCAGGACGAUGAGUGUCAGAGUAGAUAUGGUGACUCUGUGGUGUGUGUUGUCUCUGCUCACCUUCCUCUCUGUGGAGGCUUCAGGAACAAACCCUGGAGCUAAAUUAAGAGUCACACAAAAGGGGCUUGAUUAUGAACUUGAGAUUAGCAUUAACCCAUUACGGGAGAAGCUCAAAACCAUCCAAAUCCCAAACAUGAGCGGCAAAGAAGAGGUUUUAUUUAUGGACGUCUCAUACAGAGUGAGCAGCAUGCAGAUCGAAGAAGUUUUAAUGGAUUCUACAGCUGUGGGGUUGGUACCUGGUACCGGGGUGAGUCUUUCUAUCGGUAAGGCCUACAUUGACCUGAAAGGCAACUGGGAAGUGGAAUAUCUUUUCAUAGACGACGGCGGCUGGUUCACUUUGUCCAUCUUUGACAUCAGGAUCAGCACCACCAUUGGUGUGAAUAACGAUGGUCAAGGGCAUCCAACAGUUUACGCUGCAUCCUGUUCUGCUUCUAUUGGCCGAGUCGAAAUCGAUCUGCAUGGAGGUUUGAGCUGGCUGUAUCAGUUGUUUGACAGCUACAUCAAUUCGGCUCUGCUUGAUGCCCUACAGCCACAGAUCUGUACUAUGGUGACUGAAGCCAUAAAUAGCAUCAAUCCACAUCUGAAAACUCUAAAUGUUCUUGCUCAAGUUGACAAGUAUGCUGAAAUCGACUAUUCCAUUGUGGGGUCACCAUUUGUUUCUUACUCUGGCAUUGAUCUGGGUUUAAAGGGGGAGUUCUACAACAUCGGGCAACACCAGGAGCCUCCGUUCUCCCCAACACCCUUCUCUCUGCCUGCUCAGGACAGCAACAUGCUGUACAUCGCAUUAUCAGCUUUCUCCCUGAACUCAGCCGGCUUCGUGUACAACAAUGCCGGAGUGCUGAAACUCUAUAUAACUGACGACAUGAUCCCUUCCAGUUGUCCUUUUCGACUUGACACAAAGACGUUUGGGAUUUUCAUUCCACAGAUUGCUAAGCAGUACCCUGGCCUGAAGAUGGAGUUCCUGUUGAAAGCUGCAAAGGAGCCGAACAUCUCAUUUGAGCCUAACCUCAUGACCCUGGAGGCAAGCAGCACAGUUUCAGCCUACGCUAUUCAGCCCAACGCCACAUUGUCUCCUCUCUUCAUCCUCAACAUGAAUGCCAGCGUGAGCGCUCUGAUUUACGUCAGCGGUCUGAAAGUGCUUGGAAAAGUGACUCUUAAAAAAAUUGACCUGACAUUAAACACAAGCAACGUUGGACCAAUUCAGGUGAAAUUAUUAGACAAUGUUGCAUGGACCAUCUUGAAUGUUGCUGUGAUACCCAGAGUUAAUGCUCUCCUAAAGAACGGUUAUCCUCUACCUGCCAUCGGGGAAAUGAACCUGCGAAACACCCAGCUUCAGAUCCUGAAGGAUUAUGUGUUGAUCGGGACAGAUGUCCAGUUUGGAGGAGUGGAUUUACCUGAUGUCCUCUAACUGUGGAUUCUUUUUUCCAAACUAAUAUUUUUCCUGAAAUUAUAAGCGCUUCUUUUAUGCAUACUAAUCACGAGCUUAUCAGUUCAUGCUAAACUGGUGGCUUCUCUCUUUCUGUUCUCUAUUUCAUCCAUUUAUAUGAGUCUAUCCAGCAUCCUAACAGCAUAAGGCCUUCAUUUAUAUGUAGCUUGACUGAAUAUGACUCUUAUUUUGCUCUUCUAAUAGAAGCACGCAAAAUAUGUGUUUUAUUUACAGCAAUAUUUUUAAUUUAUAAUUUGUUCAAUAAACGUGGUUCACUAAUACUAACAUUAA